GAUGGCAACCCUGGCCAUGUAAACAGUGGCAGCAGGGCUCUUAUCAAUUUUAAUUAGUUAAAAAUACUUACAAGUAGAAAGCAUCAGUGAUUGGAUUUCCCUCAGUAAAAAUAGGCACUUUAAAGGGAAUUUCGCACAAGAAAAAGCACAUUGCGGCACUUAUCAUCGAACUAAGACGCCGUAACGGGACCAGUGGCAGCUGAUUGGGCGUCAAACUCCAACUGACAGUGACAGCGGCGGACACGUUCCGUUUUACUCACGACUGUGAUAAAUGUUGCCAGCUUAAAAGUGCAUUCGAACUCAAAUCGGUGCCGAUACCAAAAUCGAUUAUAAUUAAAAUGCCACCGACAACGAUUGUGUGUGCGGGAUGUGGUAAUCCCUUUCCGAAAAGGAACGAAUAUCUGGCAUGUUCCUUAUGUAAGCUCAAAUAUGACUUAACUUGUGCAAAUAUAGACAUCAAGACCUUUGGCGCUAUGAGCACCCAACACAAAGGCCAAUGGAAGUGCCAAGAAUGCUGCUGCAAGCAACCAAAAACUGACAACACCAACACACCAGUACGUCUAGCAGCGGCAAGUGUAGCUGGGGCGCCCACGGGCAGUUGCACCGAAACCUUGAAGGCAGAAAUAAACGCUAAACAGAAAAAACAGAGCGCAGCGCUGGCGCCCGCAGCAGAACCCAACUGCAAACUAGGUGAAGACGAAAAAUGUCCCGACCCUCUUGCUUCCUUAACAGCGGAGAUCCAGUUGAUGCGUGCGGACAUGGGCAAGAUGAAUCUCAGUCUGCAAAACAUGAACUCGACGCUGAAUAAAUGCAAUGAGCGAUUAGCGGACCUAGAACAGCGUUUGGCCCAGUCGGACAAUCGCGUACGGGCACUCGAAGAACGUGAAGGUGAAAAUGACAUACUCAGGCAAAGAAUCAUUCAGCUAGAAGACCAACUUAACGUACAGGCACAAGCCAGUCUGAGCAAUGAGAUGGAGAUUAUAGGCGUGAAUGAACUACCGAAUGAAAAUAGAACUCACAUUGUUCUUACUGCUGCCAUCAAAAUGGGCCUCAACCUGACGGAAAGUGACAUAGACUCCGUGACCCGCGUUGGCCCCCGUGGUGCCAAGCUACCAGAGUUAGACACCAAGCUUCCGCGCCCCCUGGUUGUAAAAUUCGUUCGUCGUGCCAAGAGGAAUGAAUUUCUAAAGGCCGCCAAAAGCAGAAGAAAUAUUGACACGAAUGCCAUCGAAAUCAGUGGCCCAAAACGGAAAGUGUUCUUCAACGAAAGGCUCACGAAAGCAAACCGCGAGUUAUUUCGUAACUCCCGCUCUCAGUCGAGCAGGCUGGAUACAAGUUCUGUUGGACCAGAAAUGGUACUAUUUUCAUUCGCAAGAAGGAUGGUUGCCCUGAAAUCCCAAUUCGAAGCGCUGCAGAUCUGGACCGUUAUCUGGGACCGACCCUGGAUGAAGUGUCUCCCCCCACCGAGCAACUCCUGGGCACCGACGCCGCGAAUUUCGUACUGCAAGACACUAAUCUUACCAGUAAUUAGCUCUACUUCUCAGCUUAAAUUUGUAUGUUCAAACCCUAAUUUUAUAACACACACAUCACACACACACAAUCACACACCAUAUAAAUAAUGCUCUAAGCCUUCAAUCUGUUCCGAUUGUUUUUGCCUAUAAUUCAGUCCGUGGAUCUACAAAAGCAAUGACUGUAAUCAUGUGUUAUGAAAAAGUACUCGCACUUUUUUGCUACUUACUAUCGUAUUACAUAAAAUAUUAGAUGAUAUUGAUAAGUCAAUCGCUAUUGAAUGUCAUAUGCUAAAUGAUAUGAAUCAGUGCAAAAACAUCUUACCCGCUCAGUAUAAAUUUAAUAUACUUACUUUAAAUAUAAGAAGCUUACAACGCAACUUUGGGACUUUCUCAGUGUACCUGAAGUGCAUGGACGUAGAGUUUGAUGCUAUAAUACUAACUGAAUGCUGGCUCAGUGACGGCUCUAUUAUAGAUCAAUUGUCGGGUUACAACUCGUUUCACUCAACCAAAGUUAUUAAUAAAAGCGGUGGCGUUGUUAUUUAUGUUAAAGAAACCUAUAAUACCUCGGCUACUGAACCGGUUUCGAUGAUGCAAACUGUGUAUCUGUUAAUAUAGGAGACGAACUAAUAUUACUAGGUAUUUAUCGUUCUCCAUCUUUCUCUAACAUAGACCGCUUUCUAAACUCCCUUGACGGUGUACUCAAUAAGCUCAAACCUAAUCUUCAUAUUGUUGUGGCUGGUGAUAUGAAUAUUGACCUACUUAAUGGUUCUGACAAUAAUCAAACUGAGUACUCUUGCCUAAUGUCUUCAUACGGACUCCUGCCCGCUAUCACAAAACCCACAAGGAAUGCAACAUGCAUUGACCAUAUUUUUAUCAAAUACAGUCACGACUCAGUGGGAGCGGUUUGCCCCUGCUCUGUUACAGACCAUGACAUAGCCUUAGCUGGCCUUCGGCCUCCGGACCAAACUCGAAAUAAUGAGAAGCGUGCCCGCUUCGCGCCCAAAGUAAAUUAUGAAGAAGUGGCUAAAGUAUUAAAAGCAACAGAUUGGUCAAGUGUUACUAGCGCAAAUAAUGUCAACGAGGCAACCUCUAAUUUUGACCAACUGUUAUCAAACGCAAUCAAAACCAAUACUCACCCUGUCAAAAUAAGUCGAUCAAAACUUACCAUUAAGCCGUGGAUCACGCCGGGAUUACUACGCUGCAUGAAACACAGAGACCGGUUACAUCUACGAUCUAGAGCUGCCCCACAAAAUCCAAUCUUACGCUUAACGUACAUAAGAUACAGAAACUUUUUCAAUAAUCUACUACACAAAUUAAAAAACGAAUACCAUAACAAAGAGCUGAACAAUAAUAAGAACAACCCUCAAAAACUGUGGAAAUCAAUUAAAACUAUUUGCCAGAAACCAAACCGUAUGAGCGACGCGGAAUAUCUGAUUAAUGUUAAUGGAAAAUCUAAAUUGGAGUGUCUCAAUAACUGUAACGAGUAUUUUGCUGAAAAUGGAAGGAAACUUGCAGAUCAAAUUUUAUCUAAGCUCUCAGAAACUCAAGAAUCUUUAGCAGCGAAGUACAAGCCCGUCAGCUCAGCUGUGCAUUCUUUUUACUUGCAUCCUACGGAUAAGUACGAAGUAGAUAAAAUUAUUUCCGAUCUCAAAUCGGACAGUGCCCCAGGC